AUGAGACUUCCACCAGUAAUUAUGGAUAAUGGAACCGGUUACACGAAGCUAGGCUUCGCGGGUAACAGUGAACCGUCCUUUGUCUUUCCCACAGUCAUUGCGACGCGCGAUUCCGCAAAUACUGGAGCCUCCGGUACUUCUGCUCCUUCAAAGACUUCCCAUCUUUCGGGGAAUAUCGCCUCAAAACGGGGUAUCGAAGAUUUAGAUUUUUAUAUUGGGAAUGAAGCACUUUCAAAUUCUAAAACGUAUGGUUUGCAUUAUCCUAUUCGACAUGGUCAAAUCGAUAAUUGGGAUCAAAUGGAACGAUUUUGGGAACAGAGUAUUUUUAAAUAUUUAAGGUGUGAACCGGAGGAUCAUUAUUUUCUCUUGACAGAGCCACCGCUUAAUGCUCCAGAGAAUCGUGAGCAGACUGCCGAAAUCAUGUUCGAAUCCUUUAACAUCCAAGGGCUUUACAUUGCUGUACAAGCUGUAUUAGCUUUGGCUGCCAGUUGGACUUCGAAAAAGGUUGCGGAUAAGGUAUUAACCGGAACAGUUAUUGACAGCGGUGACGGUGUCACUCAUGUAAUUCCUGUGGCUGAAGGGUAUGUUAUUGGAUCAUCUAUUAAACAUAUCCCAAUUGCUGGUCGAGAUAUUACAUAUUACGUUCAACAACUUCUUCGUGAUCGAGGUGAAACUUCAAUUCCUCCUGAGGAUUCUUUAAAAGUAGCUGAAAGCAUAAAGGAGCGAUAUUCCUAUGUAUGUCAAGAUAUUGUUAAGGAAUUUAAAAAGAGUGAUCAAGAGGCUGAUAAUUUUUUCCAAAAAUAUCAAGGAAUACACAGUCCUUACGAAGUUGACGUUGGUUUUGAACGUUUCCUGGGACCCGAAAUCUUUUUCAACCCAGAAAUAGCCUCAUCUGAUUUUUUGACACCUCUUCCCAACGUUGUUGAUAAUGUGAUUCAAAGUUGUCCCAUCGACGUUAGACGUGGUUUGUACAAGAAUAUUGUGCUAUCAGGUGGAUCUACAAUGUUUAAAGGUUUCGACAAACGCCUUCAUAGAGAUAUGAAGCGUGCGGUCGAUGCUCGUGUUAAAAGAAGCGAAGAAUUAAGUGGGGGUACUAUGAAGGCAAAAGAAAUAGAUGUAAAAGUCAUAUCACAUAAAAAGCAACGUUAUGCGGUCUGGUAUGGUGGUUCUUUGCUAGGAUCAACGCCUGUAUUCAAUUCGUAUUGUCACACAAAAGCAGAAUAUGAAGAACAUGGACCAAGUAUUUGUAGACAUAAUCGUGUAUUCGGAUCCAUGGGUUAA